AUGCUGUUCAAUGAACAUCGGACUGUUCUCCUAUUGCUUUAUUCAGUCAUGUUUAUCAAGUUUAUGUUGUUCCAACAGGGUUCAAAACACAUGCAAGCAAGUCCACUCUCAUCCGAAGUUCACCCUCAGAAAAGAUUGGGACGAACAUUUUCUGACUUCUUACUCUAUAGAUCCUCUGAAUGUUCUCCUCAGAGAGAUUUGCUCACAAAUUCCUCAAGCUUGAUGUCAUACAGGAAUACUGAUGAUGAAAAUGGUAAAAACUCUGCUGAUAGUUCACGAGUUAGUUCCACCAGUGCACUUUCUUCCUCGAGUCAGAAGUCCUUUUUUGAAGAUUUUGAUGACCUUAAUGAUAUUUACUUUUGCGGAAAAGGGACUGGUGAUGGUUUCCUGGGUGGGGGUCAGCACAAAAUUGGAGAUCUAUCUGGUGCAGAAGCAGAUGCUUUUCUGCCAAAGGUUCUGGAAUCUGCUCAGUUACUAGAUGUUCUUGAUAUUGCUUGUGGCAGUACGCAUGCUCUCCUAGUCACCAAACAAGGGGGAGUUUUUAGUUGGGGUGAGGGUUCAGGUGGUAAGCUAGGUCAUGGAGUAGAAACUGACAUUCAUAACCCCACACUUGUAGAUACUCUAAGUGGAUUGAGUAUUAAAGUAGUUGCUUGUGGAGAAUAUCAUUCUUGUGCUCUUACAGCAGCUGGUGACCUGUAUACUUGGGGUGAUGGAAUUCAUAACGUAGGACUUCUUGGUCAUGGAAAUGAAGUUAGUCACUGGACUCCUAAAAAAGUAACUGGCCAGAUAGAGGGUUUGCACAUUUCAUUUGUUUCUUGUGGACCUUGGCAUUCAGCAGCUAUAACAUCAUUGGGUCAAUUAUUUACAUUUGGAGACGGUUCCUUUGGUGCUCUAGGUCAUGGAGAUUGUUCCAGUACAAGUACUCCACGAGAAGUUGAAAGUUUGAAAGGACUUCGAACAGUGAUGGUUUCUUGUGGAUUUUGGCACACUGCAGCUGUAGUAGAUGUUUCUGCGAGAACAGAAAAUUCUAGUGCCUCAACAGAUGGAAAGCUUUUCACUUGGGGAAAUGGUGACAAUGGCCAACUCGGACAUGGGGACAAAAAAUCUAGACUUGUACCCUGCUGCAUUACUACCUUGGGUAAAGAAAGCUUCCGCAAGGUGGCUUGUGGUCACAGCAUUACAGUUGCUCUUACAACCUCGGGUAAUGUAUACACAAUGGGAAGAGCAGAAUAUGGACAGCUUGGCAACCUUGGAAACAAUGGCAGUUUACCCUCUCGCGUGCUGGGAAAAAUUAAAAACAUCUUUAUAGAAGAUAUAGCUUGUGGAUCUUUCCAUGUUGCAGCCCUGAGUUCAACAUCUGAAGUUUACACCUGGGGAAGGGGAAAAAAUGGUCAAUUAGGGCAUGGAGACGGCAUUGAUCGGAACACUCCCACUCUGGUCGAAUCUUUGAAGAACAAAAAAGUGAAGGCUGUAGUUUGUGGGAGCAAUUUCACUGUUGCCAUUUGUCUAUACAGACGAUCAUCUCUUGCGGACCGUUCAGUUUGCUCAGGUUGCUUUCAUCCAUUUAACUUCAAAAGGAAGCGCCACAAAUGCUAUCACUGUGGGCUGUCUUUCUGUAGAGCAUGCUGCUUUAAAAAAUCUCUAAAAGCUUCCCUGGCGCCAGAUGAAAACAAAACAUAUCAUGUAUGUGACUGCUGUUUUAACAAACUGAAGAGAAACUCUGAUUCAUCUCUGGCUUCUCUACCUCCAAAUCCAAAGUUCUCAAAAGGAAACAAGGAACGAAGUACAGUUGAGUCCAAGGAAAAGGAAUCCUUGGACAUUAAAUCACGCAGCAUCAUUUCCAGACUCACUUCUUUUGAUUCAACCAAAAGGUCUGAUGCACGGGAAUUGCAGAGGAGCCACAAGUCAAACUCAGUUAGUGGGAAUAGCUCUCCAAGCUAUAGUGAAAUCUCUCAGUGUGACAGGUCCUGCAUAUCGAGUUCAUCAAAGCCUGUCUUAGACUACUCUGACAAAGCAUGCAUCUCUCUUCCUGGUUCAGCAAUGCAUUCUCAAGCUGUAUCUCCUGUCUCUGGGGGAUCAAGUCCACAAAGCUUGCCAAUGGUUACAUCUUCAACAGCUUCUUUUCCCUUCCUUGAACUCAGUACUGACAAUCUAAAGCAGAAGAAUGACGACGUCAAAGAUGAAGUUUUAAUGCUGCGAGAACAGGUGGAUUAUCUCAACCGCAGAUCUGAUUUCCUGGCAUCUGAACUGGAAAAAACAUCAAGCAAAAUACUGGUAGCUAGGGAAUUAGCCAGGACCGAAGCAGAGAAAAACAAUGCUGCAAAGCUAGUGAUUAAAUCACUUAUGAUUCAGUUAAAAGAUAUGGCAGCAAGAGUACCUCCAGCGGCUUCCUGCAGCAGGACAUCAGAUUCUUUUCUAGAAAACAACUGCAAUUCAAUGAGCAUUUCUUAA